AUGCCGGUGAGCGCCUACCGAUUGGAGAUCCUUAUGCCAAAAUUUCCCACCUCAAUUCUUCGCAAGCAUUCUGUGCAUCAGCAACAGCAAAAUAAGAAGGAGAGCCUGCAUCGUCCCCAUCCCACUGGUGACUCGGAGGAGAUCAACUCCCCCAAGAUUUGGGGUCCUGUUUGCUGGCCAUGGGUCAUUGCUUCGUCGGAUAACAACGCAUUCGUGUGUGUGCCACCGUCAAAUUACGUGCUCCAACCACCUACGAGCAGUAUCUAUUCCCUGGGUAAAGUAAACGACGUGCCACAGUUGCCAUUUCGCGCACCUUCUUCAGCUGAUCCAAUUGAUAACUGGGGUGAGGAGCAUAAUGCUGCUGUCGCCUCCUCACUUUGUUUCUCCGAGAGCUCCGACAACGAGGCCACUAACACUUCAAGCGCCUGGUACGUGAUCUACGAGGGCCGCUGUAAGGAGUUGGCUGUUUGCAACCUCACACCUGGCCAGUCCUUUCAGUUCCGCGUCCGCGCCUCCUCGCAUCGUAGGAGUGUACCUACUCAACCCCACAUUCGUACUUUUGAUUCAUCUAAUCACAUCCCUUGGGGUCACGCCUCGGCAUCUCCGCUCAAGGUCACCACUCCCGCUGUACCUCCAAUAAACCCACCCUCAAAUCUUCGCCUGUUUGGCCACUCUAAACCUACUGAACUCAGCUUUACUUGGGAUCCACCUGCAUCCAAUGGUGGAGCUCCUAUUCUCGCCUACGAACUUUGGCAAUCACUUUGUGAUCCAAUCUCCGGCAGUCCGAUCAAGACUACGUCAUGGUCGGAGACUCCUCUUGUGAUGGGGAUUACCUCUUCUGAGAGCAUGCAGGAUCUGCAUGCUGAAAUGGAACCAAUCCAUCCUUCUUCUUCCUCUGUGGCGGCAACAGAACCAGUGGGAGCACUUUCUGCUCCCGGUUCUGUCACUUCUAGUCCUCAGCAUCAAACCAGUGUCGCCACUCGCUCACGGUUAGUCUUUGCAGGUAUAGAGAACAAUUGUGAGGUGCGAGGUCUUCUCUCUGGGCAGCUGUUUGCUUUUCGAGUGCGUGCAAGGAAUUCGACUGGUUGGUCAGAGUGGUCUGAGUGGAGUACUUUUGCUACGGCACCAUCUCCGCCAUCAGCUCUUGGAGCACCACCCCGAGUGCAACCUACCUCUGCGAUCAGUGCGUUAGUGAGUUGGGAAGAAGUGGAACAGACCAACGGCGCCCCUAUUACCGAGUAUCAUGUUGAAUGGCAGUCAAGUGUCGUUGAACCCUCCCAGACCUGCACUCCAUCUGGGCGUGAAAAUGAUGAGGGAUCGCUGCUUACCACUGAGACUGACAAUGUUUCUAGAUCAAGAAACCUUACCUCAUGUUCUCCCUCCGUCGAGAUGUCUAAGUGUCUAAAUGAUGGCUUCCAAAUGGUACGUUUUCGUCAGCUCUCAUUAUUUUUCAUUUGA